AUGGGCAUCUUCAGACCUAUCGCCAAGCUCGAGAACAAGUACGAAGCAUGGCGCUUCCGAAAUCUCAAAUACACUCCGCUGGAUAGAGUCCCAUGCGAGCCUGAAUGGUGGGAGCUGGUUAUGGCGAGAGAGAAGAGAAACCGCAAGGCAGAGCGCAAAGCCGCCAAGGAAGCUCGCAAGGCUGAGAAGGAAGAACGCAAGGCUGCUAGAGAGCAACGUCGGAGGGAGCGACUGCAGAAUGGAGAGUUUGACUGGAGGAAUUACAUUCCGAGGUUUCCCAAGGUGGUUGGGUAUACUCCGCUGUGGAAGAUUGAUGAGAUGCUUGCUUCGGGGAAAGGAGUGCGCUGGGAGUAA